AUGGCAAAUCUAGCCAAUUUAACCUAUGAUAACUUCAGCUAUGACGAUGACUACGAGGAUGAAAUCUGUGAUAAGAGUGAAAUGGUGAUAUUUGGAUCCUUUGCCAUUCCGAUUUUCUCUGUUGUGAUCACACUGAGCCUGACAGGAAACAUUCUUGUCCUCAUAAUCCUGGCUUUGUAUGAAAAACCUAAAUCUCUGACCAACAUUUUCAUCCUCAACUUGGCCAUCUCUGACCUCGUCUUCACCAUCGGUCUUCCUUUCUGGGCCAUUUACCACGUCCAGGGAUGGGUGUUUUCUGAAAUUCUCUGCAAAGUUGUGACUUUUAUCUUCUUCACUGGGUUUUACAGCAGCAUUCUCUUCCUGACCAUCAUGACCAUCUACAGGUACCUGGCUGUGGUCCAUCCUCUGUCUGAUCUCAGCACACCUAAACACUCCAUCGGGGUGUUUCUGUCUGUCCUGAUUUGGAUAAUCAGCACUGGAGCAGCCAUGCCCUCACUCCUCUUCAGCUCAAUCACCAAGGUCUACCACAAAAAUAAUUACUCACAGGGCUGUGAAUAUAGUGAUCCAGUGUGGGAAACUGUUGGUGUCAUCCAACAGAAUGGUUUCUUCCUAGUUGCUGUUGUAGUCAUGACUUUUUGCUUCAUAAUAAUUAUGGAAAGAAUCAUAAGAACAAGAUCUCACACGAGCAACAGAGCAGUCAAGUUAGUCUUCUGUAGAGUUGCUCUAUUCUUCAGUGCCUGGGUGCCGUACAAUGUUGUAAUCUUUUUGAGGGUCUUGCCUGCUCAUGUGGUCCCGUCAUUAGAUGAAUGUGAAGCAAGCACCCAGCUUGACUAUGCCUUCUACGCUUGCAGGCUCAUUGCUUUCUCCCACUGUUGCCUGAAUCCCAUCUGUUAUGCAUUUGUUGAUGUGAAGUUUAGGAGUCAUUUAAAGUUAUUGCAGUGUGCCUUUACGCACUACUACUACUACAACUACUACAACUACUACACCAAAAACAACUACUACACCAAAAACAACUACUACACCAAAAACAACUACUACACCAAAAACAACUACUACACCAAAUACCACAAAGUUCAGCGCUAA